GGUGUGAAUGGGGAAAUUCGAGUGUUCUUCAAACUGACGAUUCGCUGCAAACAUCAAGAAAGCAUGUGUUAAAUAUUAUAAAAAACUAAAGUGUUAUUUUGUUUCUAGCUUGAAAAGAAUGAAGAAUUUAUAAAAUGGGAAAUUAUUAUGAUAUUGUUUAAAAUAAAUUUUUCCCAAAGUUAUCGCAAUCUAAAAGGAAAACAAGAUAAUUCAGGCAGCUGAUGAUGAAGAUUUACGGAUUAAUCGCUUUCACAUCAUAUUUUCUGCCAUUUAGCAUAACAGUGUCAUGGGGUGAUGGCACAACUAACUGGAGAUCUGGACCACCAGAUGGGCUUCCAGAACUCACAAAAUUAAGUGUGGAUUGUGGAAAAGACGAGAUGACAAUCUAUUUAGCAUUUAGCGCUCCUUUCGAUGGCACUAUUUAUUCCAAAGCCAAUGGUCAUUCUUCCCGAUGUGUUCAUGUGGCUCCUCAUUCACACAUUACUGAAGCAACAUUUACCGUAGAAUAUGAUAAAUGUGGAACGCGUUCAGAUCCUAAAGGAAAAUAUUAUGAGAAUACUAUCAUUAUCCAAUACGACGACAUUGUAAUAGAAGCCUGGGAUGAAGCCAAAAAAAUUCGCUGCGAAUGGCAUGAUGGUUACGAAAAAUCAGCGUAUAAGAUGCCCAUAACAAUAUCAGACUUGGAUGUGGUAGAAAUGAAUUUUCAGGGUGAUGAUGUUGAUUGCUGGCUUGAAGUACAAGACGGUAAAGGGCCAUGGUCAGCUAAAGUUGAAGGCCUUGUUCCUUUAGGAAGCCCUUUGACUUUAGUCGUUGCCAUUCAAGAUAGUGAAAGUCAGUUUGAUAUGCGAGUGAAAUCCUGCAUAGCGCACGAUGGCCAGAAGCAUCCUAUCCAUUUAACGGAUGAAGAUGGUUGCGUUUUAAGACCCAAAAUGAUGUCUCCUUUUCAGAAGACUACAGAAACAAAGGGAACUGCUAGUGUUAUAGCUUAUAGUCAUUUUUAUGCAUUUAAAUUUCCGGAAACAGUUGAAGUGACAAUUCAAUGCACUGUAGAAAUAUGCCGAAAUGGCUGCCCUGGUACAUGCACGCAAGGAAGAGAUUCGUUGCCUGCAAACCCCGAAAAGAAACCUUCUGAUAAAGAUUCAGAUGACAUUCCUACCUAUAAAGAUUCUUAUCCUUUCUCAACUGUUAUUACUUCCAGACCAAAUCCUUACAAAAAUUCCUCCAAUCUUAAUACUUUAAACAGCGUAAAUGGAAAUGAGAAUGUUUCUAAAGAGCAAGAUUCUGAACCAUUACAAAGUAGUCCCGAUAUCCACAAUUUUUUCUACAGUAAAUAUCCCUAUGGUUUAUUUGAUGACCUAGUAGCAGAGGAUAGGCAAGAUAAACAAGAACACCCUUUUGAGGAAGAAGCUGAGUAUUCUGAAAACAAAGAUGAUGUUUACUAUUCGCAGUUUCCAAAUAUUUUUGAUGUAAAUGCGCAAGGAAAAAAUUUCCCUUUGCAACAAAAAAUACAGAAUUUACUGAACAAGACUGAAAAUAAAUCAUUUUCUGAGAUAGAAACUACUACUCAUGAUAUUUUGCUGCUUUCUACUGUUGAUCAAGACUUCAUAAAACAUUCUUUAAGUACUGAAAACUCAGAAUUCGAAGAAAAUACUGAAAAACCUUUAGAAACAGAUUUGAUUACGGAAACCAACAAAGAAACUGUUUUAAAUGGAAGUCAACAUCAGAGCUAUGAAGCAGAUGCCCUUAUUUCAAAAAAUGACAACGAGAAUGAAUUGUUUGAACACGAUAUUCAAUCCCAAGUAGUAAACCAACUUCUAAAAUCUGAAUCAGAAGAAAAUACAACAGCUGAAUUAAAUUCUGGUUCAUAUAUUGAGUCAAAUGAAUACAAUGAUGCAUUUGUCGAAAGCAAGGAAGCAGUAUCGGAUUAUUACGAAUACAGCUCUAAUCGAAAAGUGAAUGAAGAAGAUACACUGGGAAAGAACUUUCCAGAAAUGGAAUUCGAUGAUUAUAGAGUAAAAGCACGAAAACCCUUAGAUAAUUAUGAAGCAAAACAAAGUUAUGAAUUUCAAAAUUAUAGACCUUUUGUCCCGCCAGCACCUCUGCCACCUUUAACCCUAUACAAUGGCAUUCCUUUGCAUUAUUACAGUCACCACAGCACGAAUGUAGAGUUUCUAGAUAGAGAUGGCUUUCAGUAUAUGAAUAGAUAUCCGUCUCAAAAAGAAUACAUCAAAUCAAAGCUUAGGAGACCAGGAAGACGACGUGGAAGAAGAGAAAUAGGGGAAAAUGAACAGCUGGGCCUUAAGCAAACCUUACGUGUGAUAGCAACGACAGAUUUAGAAUUUGUAACAAAAGACAGCAAAGAAAUAAAACCGCUUUAUGUUGGAAAAACAGACUUUAGUAACGACGUAUGUAUAGCUCCAUCCAGCUUUGCUGCUGGUCUAGGUCUUUUGCUGUUAGCAAAUAUUUGUGUGUUAUGUGUAGUAGUUUUUCUGGGACAUCAUUACUAUAUUCAUAAGAAAAUAAAAAUAAAAACGGUUGAAUUACUUGGUACAGAGCUAUCAUAACAAUCAGUUUUGAUAAAUCUGAAAAGUGGCUCUAAGUGAUAUUUACCGACUUUCCUAGUCCUUAUAAAAAAAGGAGUUUAACUUUUCCAUUUUGCAUCUCAAAUGACAUGCAAAUAAUUAUGAACUACGUGCUAAUAAUGUAAAAUACAUAUUUCUUGUUGUUUCGCCGUUUUAAAUAAUUCUUUCAAUGAAAAUUUCAAACUGAUUUUCUUUUUUUUUCUUUCUCUAAGAAACUUUUCUUUGUUUUGACACCACAUGGAAACAGAAAGCUGGUUUUAUAGUGUGUCACUGCACAAAUUUUCAUGAAGUUUGUCUGUGGUAUUUAUUUCUUAAAAAUCAUAGAGCAUUGAAAUAAAAGAUAUGUUUGUCAA